AUGCCCCAACUGGACACACUGAUUUCCCACCUUCUAGCGGCUAAGCGGUCUCUUUCUUCUAUUAGCCAUGUUUGGCGUGCCAAUGAGAUUGUCACUGCGGCUCGGUCUGCCUUAGAAGACAGUGUGGUUGUAUCUUCCCGGACGGGCUUCCUCCGGCGGGGCCUCGACAAUCAACUACGGUUACUUUUCAAUGUUCGAUCAGAGAUAGAGGAGAUCUCAUAUCGCGGCCGAGAAGAAUUCUCAGAGGCCCUGACAAGCCUGGAUGCUGCUGACGCUCGGCUUCGGACCACCCUAGACUUGCUCCGAGAGACUAUUGUUCAUGCCUCAUUUCGCCCCAAAGAGGAACAAACUAAAUCCCUCCAUGAUUUUGUAGACGAGCGAGGUGUCGAAGAAUUGCAUGCUGCUCUCAAGAGCUCCAUUGACCGCACUAAUGCCGCACGGGCUGAUUUGGAUACUUCAAACCGUGAAUUCGAUGAUGAGCUUCAUGCCAUCCGAAAAGCGCUUCGCCAUUAUCGAUCGUCCACGAAAAUGGCCUCUUCGCGUGCAUCGGCGUCAUCAUCUUCUUCGGCCGCAUCGGAGCCGGAUCUCGCAGCUCUAUCCACUAUGCCGAGCAUGCUCCGGUCUUUGGAGAUGCAGGCACAAGAAAUGGCAGGCCUCCUCUCAUCCCUUGUACGCCAUUUUGAUCUUUGUGUCACAGCGGUCAAGCAAACAGAGGGUGGCGGCGCCGCUGCACACUCCAUCACUGGCGACAUGCCUGCAGAAGUUGGAGGAACUAGUGGUGAAGGGUUACCGCACAUUGGAGAAGAAAUCAACGCGAACCUGAACGCCCCGUUGGACCCAAUGACGGACCAGGAGUACGAAGAAAUGGUGCAUGUCUUGUUGAAUGAUGCGCCUGAGGCAGAAGAUGUGGUAGUGGAAAUCCAUGACCGUAUCAACGAAAUGGAAUCCAUCUUCGAACAAAUGGGCUUGCAACGCGAUUCACUUCUAAGUAUCUCAGAUGCCACCCUGCAGGUCCACCGUCACCUUUCCACUCUUGCGUCCACUCGAUUGCCGCGGUACAUUUCGCAGGCCCACAAUUUUAUCCAAGUGUGGAACGAGGAAAACGAUCGCUUCAACUCAGGCCUGACGGAGCUUUCCGACUUACACUCCUUAUACGAUGGGUUCCUGAACGCAUAUGACAACCUCAUUCUAGAGGUUGCUCGCCGAAAUCAUGUUCGUCACCGCGUAGAAAAGGUUCUCCGUGACACGAGGAACAAGCUCAAUAAUUUGUACGCGGAGGAUGUCGCUGCUCGGGAGAUAUUCCGUGUAGAGCAAGGUGAUUUUCUACCGUCGGACAUCUGGCCUGGGGUUGGUCAGGCGCCGAUGCACGUCGAGUUCUUGCGGUUGCCAGGCGGUCGUCUUGAAGGAGCUCUACCAGAGACAGAGGGACAAGUACCAGCAGAAGCUGGAGCUCUCCCAGAGGCGAAAAAUGCGCCUCUCGGCAGCGAAGAGGAGGAAAUUAUGCCAGACCUUCCAAAGGAGGUGGUGGAGCACGCAUAUGCGCGUUUAAAGGCCCGAACUAGGGAAUUCGUCUAG